AGACGAAGAAGAAGAAGACUCCUCCCCCUCGCCAGACUGAAGACGCAAAAAGCUUUCGGGAGAAAAAAAAGAACAGCUUCGGUGCUUCAUUCCUGCCUUAAUAUUUGCCUGCUUUUCAGAGAGAUAGAAGAAGCCAGCAGACAUGUACUGAUACAGGCUGUCAGAGACAUGCUCAGUUGGGACACAGCUUUCCAUAAAGACUCCAACCGCAUGUCAGGAGUAAAGGUGUGUAAAGUAGUGUAUAGACAACAUCACGUUAUACAGACGUCUGUGAGGAACAUCUUCUCCCUGAGCAGCAGUAGUAGACCUAGAGUAUGGAACAGGAUGAGCCCCAGCUCCCCAAUAUUAAAGAGGAAGAGGUCCUGGCUCCACAAAUAAAAGAGAAAGAGGAGCAUCUCCACAUUAAAGGGGAAAAGGAGGAGCCAAAGCAACCCCACAUCAAAGAAGAAGAGCUACAUACCUCUUACAUUGAGGAAAAGGAGUCACACCCCUACCUCGCCUUACAGAGAAAGAGGAACCAUACCUCCGCUCACAUUAAAGAGGAAAAGAAGGAACACAGCAUCAGUCAACAAUGGUUGCAGGACCAACAUGUGAUUGUGAAGACUGAUGAUGAUGAGGUCAAAGGUGAACGUGAGGAGAAGACAGAGGUGGAGCCUCUAAGCAGCAGCUCAACUCUACACAUAACAGAAGCUGAUGACACUGAUGAUGAAGACUCCAAAAAUGAUAAGACAUGUCACACUGACAACACACACUUCACGUGUUCUUACUGUGACAAAGCUUUUGUUAACCAUGGCGGACUAAAAAGACACAUGACAAUACACACUGUAGGAAAACGUUUUGGCUGCUCAAAAUGCGGUAAAAGAUUUUCUCAAAAACAACAUAUGAAAGCACACAUGAUAAUACACACUGGAGAAAAACCCUUUUCCUGCCCAGAAUGUGGCAAAGGUUUUGCACGAAAGUGGUGUUUGAUAGGACACAUGGGAACACACACUGGAAAAAAACCUUUUUCCUGUUUAGAUUGUGGCAGGGCUUUUGUGCAAAAAAAUGGGCUGAAAGAACACUUAAAAAUACACACUGGAGAAAAGCCUUUUUUUUGUUCAAUCUGUGGUAAGUAUUUCAUACAAAAAUACUAUUUCAAAGUACACAUGAGAAUACACACUGGAGAAAAACCCUUUUCUUGUUCAAUCUGCGGUAAAGGGUUUAUUCUAAGACACAACUUGAAACCGCACAUGAGAAUACACACUGGAGAGAAACCUUUCUCCUGCUCACAUUGCGAUAAAGUUUUUCCACGACAAGAUUCGCUGAAAGUACACAUGAGAAGACACACGGGAGAGAAAUUGUUGUGUUGCAGUGCGUGUGGUGAAAGAUUCUCCUAUAAGUACCAGUGCAAGAAACACAAGUGUGCCGGGGAGAACAGCAGCAGCAAAUGAAGAUGCAGGAUUUGAAAUAAACGGUUGAGUUUGACAUUCACUUUCUAACGACAUCAGCACAUGUGACAUGUGACAUCAUAGUUGUGUGAGUAACACAAUCUUGUUAACAUGCUUCUAACAUUUAUGGCUUAUAUAUUUGAUUUUUUUCUACAAGCUAAGUACAUGCAUUAUUAGACAACAUAAUUUACAUUUAUUUAACAAUGAAGAGAACAAUUUGAAUGUAAAGGUGAGCGUAAACAGUACAAUACAUGUUUCAAUAUACCAUUUGUGUUUUCAGUUUAAAUGUAUUCAUUAUAGUUUUAUUUAAAUAUGGUUUUGAAAUAAUUAAGCUUGACAUAUUUUCUUUAAUAAUUGUAAAUGAACCCAUGAAUGUUUUCCUUUUAUAUGACAAAUGUUUGUUUUACAUGUGUUCAUACCUUUUGAUUUUGAGUACACAUAAAUCCCUCUUAGUUCGUAUUUAUUGGUUCACGUCUGAAACACCUUAGGGACCACUUCUGGAAGCAUAUUAUUAUUUACUUUAUACAUCAUUUGAGCAGUUGUGAUUUAUACAAGAUGAUUUCCUCCUAAAAUGUGUGAUUCUAUGAAUGUUUUGUUGGGUCUCAAUAAUCCAUCCUAUUAAUUGGCUUUAUUACUCUGCUUUGUUGUGUGAAUAUUGUUUUGUGGUAGUUAUGCAAUAGAGAAAAUGGCAGAAUUAUUUGUGGAAGGUUAUGAACCAUGGUUUUUGUUUUGAAGAAUCUACAUUUGUGAAUUAAAAAAAAAAAAAUCUACCCAUGACAAGAUGUAGUCAACUAAAAUGGUUUUCACUUGAAGCUCAGCCAGAGAAUGCCGAGAGUGUGCAAAGCAGUAAUCAAAACAAAAGGGUGGCUAUUUUGAAGAAACUCGAAUAUGUAUUCCACAUGUGUUCAUUCGUUGUUUUGAUGCCUUCAGUGACAAUCGACAAUAAAGAAAAGGCAUUGAAUGAGAA